GUUCCAAACUAAAGAAUAUAAUACAAAUGAAACCUAAUUCCAUUUUCAUCUCAACAUCUCAACCUCACAGCCUCCACCCUCCCAAACCCUCUUUGCAGUCGGCCGAAACUUGCUGUGUCGCCGUCGCCCUUGCUGCAGUCGCCUCCCCCCUUGCUGCCGUCGCUGUCUCCCUUUCUGCAGUCGCCUCUGCCGCCGCUGCUGUCGCCUCCGCUGCUGCAGUCGUCUCCCCCCUCUUGCCGCCAUGGCUGAAGAAGCAGGAAUGUUUAUGGUUCGUCAAACCAUUGGAAGUGUUUUGUGUUGUAAAUGUGGCAUUCCAAUGCAACCAAAUGCUGUCAAUAUGUGUGUAAAGUGUUUGCGCUCAGAAGUUGACAUCACUGAAGGUUUGAAGAAGCGUGUUAUCAUUAAACAUUGUCCUGAGUGUGAUACCUACUUGCAGCCACCAUAUACGAGAAUCAAGGCCCAAUUAGAAUCCAAGGAGCUGAUGACAUUUUGUGUAAGAACCUUGGACUUGAAACAUGCUGGUGUAACUUUGGUACAUGCAGAAUUUAUUUGGACAGAGCCACAUUCCAAGAGGAUCAAGCUCAGAUGUAGAGUUCAGAAAGAGGUCCAUAGGGGUGCAGUACUCGAACAAUCAUAUAUUGUCGAGUUUGUCCAGCAGGAAUCAAUGUGUGAAUCUUGCUCAAGAGUUCAAGCCAAUCCUGACCAGUGGGUUGCUUCUGUACAACUCCGACAGCAUGUUUCUCAUAGGCGAACAUUCUUUUACUUGGAGCAGCUGAUUUUGAAGCAUGAUGCUGCUGCCCGUGCUAUUAAGAUCAAGCAGAUGGAUCAAGGUAUUGACUUUUUCUUUGGAAAUCGAAGUCACGGUGUCAAAUUUGUGGAGUUUUUAGGUAAAGUUGCUCCAGUGAGGAGUCGCCAUGACAAACAACUUGUGUCUCAUGAUCCUAAGAGCAACAACUAUAACUACAAAUAUACUUUUUCUGUUGAAAUCUCCCCAAUUUGUCGUGAAGAUUUGGUUUGCCUGCCGCCAAAAGUUGCAGUUAGUUUGGGGAAUCUUGGUCCCCUUGUGAUCUGCACAAAAGUGACAAACAGUAUAGCUUUGUUGGAUCCUUUAACUCUUAGGCAUUGCUACUUGGAUGGCGACCAGUACUGGAGGUCAUCCUUUAAGUCUCUGCUGACCAGUAGGCAGCUUGUGGAAUAUAUUGUAUUAGAUGUUGAUAUUAUCUCUCCUGAAGUUAAUAUUGGCAGCUCAAAAUAUGCUAUGGCUGAGGUGCAAGUAGCUCGUUUAUCAGAUUUUGGUAAAAAUGAUACUAUUUUCUUUAUAAAAACACAUCUAGGCCAUAUUCUGAAACCUGGCGAUCAAGCCCUUGGUUAUGACUUGUAUGGCGCCAACAGUAAUGAUAUUGAACUGGAUAAGUACAAAGGUCUGGUCCUGCCAGAGGCAAUUUUGAUAAAGAAGAGCUACGAAGAGAAGCGCCAGAGAAAGCGCGGGAAGCCUCGUGCCUGGAAGCUGAAGUCCCUUGAGAUGGAAGUUGAUGACUCGAGAGGUAGAAAUGAUCAAGAAAAGAUGGACACAGAAUAUGAACAGUUCCUGAGGGAUCUGGAAGAGAACGCAGAGUUGAGGUUCAAUGUAUCACUGUAUCGUAAUAAGGAAUAUCAGCCUUCAGAAAUGGCAUCCGUGACUGAUGGGGAAGAUGUACCUUCAAUUCCUUUGGAAGAAUUGCUUGCGGAUCUUGAUAUAAGUGAAAUGGAAGAUGCAGCUGAUGACAUGAGGGAAUGAAUGUUAAAAUUUUCUUUUUGUUGUUUUGAGUUUAGGUUGAAAUGAUCCUUGAAUGAGUGGCUUUAUAAGUUUUGCUAUGUCCUUUUCUCCAUUGCUAUUAAAUAGAGUUUUCUCUAUGUA